AGAAGCAAGACGAAGAAGGAAGACGAAGAAGAGGAGGAGCUCUGUUUGUUUUGGAAUUACAUGCUAUGUACGCAGAAACUCUGGACAGCUGUGUAACUUGGCUUUAACCAUAUAAUAAAGGUCCUUUUUAGGAGAAAUAUGUAAAUCGUACAUUGUGGCCAGGAAUAUACACAUCAUUAUUUUGCUCCGCCAUUUAGAUUCUUGGAAACUGCAUAUUUCCAGUUGAAAGAAAGCAGGUGGAGUAGCAUUGUUGUGUGAUCGGUUCGUCGUUCUCUAUAGGCAUCUUGAGCAUACCAGACAGGGAACCAAGAUUGUUCCUCCAACAUGGCGUAUCGACAUGGUCGAAAAUCAAUUAGAGAGGCAUAUGAAGAGCGCUUCUUGCCCAUGGAUACGAGAGAGGUAAAAGUUCAUCGAGUCGUCAAUAUUGUUGAAAAGAGGAGCCCUAUGCCUCGGCUGGAAUAUGACAGAGGCUUGCAUGAUGACCAGUGGUAUGGUGGUCCUCGAAAUUACCAGGAUGCAAGAGAAUGUCACGGUGAAGGCAGUUACCCACCCAGUGAUCGUCGAUACUUUGAUGAAAACCCCAACUUUGGCGAUUUUCGCAGAAAAUCCUCACCCCCACGAAAUGAGGGCCUGUACUCCCAACAGUGUUAUAGCAGAGAUGAUUUGAGGCAUCAGUUAGGCUCAAGGCACAAUGGUCGACCUGGUCCCUAUUUCCGCAACAGAGGUCGGGGGUUAGGCCCUCCUCGAAGGCCCAUGGUGGACAGAAAAGCCAAAGAGGACCAUGAUGACUACAGGAGCUCUCCACCUCUUGUAAUCAUGAGGGACCGCUCCCCUGGAAGAGGGGAAGCUCAGCCACCUGUACUUGGACGCUCUGGGUCAAACACCAGCAACAGGAGUUUCUCCCCUAACAGGGACAAAGGCUAUGCCUACCAGCAGAGACAUAAGCCCAACGUGUCAACGAGCCACACUCCCAGCAACUCUGCGGAGGGGUCUCCUCACAGCUCAGCGUCUUCAAAGGAAAAAACUCCUGCAUCUGUAGCGGAGUCAGAGGAGGUGGUGGCUGCCAGCAUGGAGCCAGAGCCGACACCAGAGGAAGACUUAAAGACUCGGCGGUUGGAGGCCAUUAAGGCUAAGGCUCUGGAAAUUGAGACGCAUUACAGGCAAGACUGUGAGACAUUUCGCACGGUAGUGAAGAUGUUGGUGGCCAAGGAACCCAGUUUGGAAAAUCUGCUGCAGGCUCCACUGGAUGCGAACCUGCUGGAGAUUAAACAGCGCUGCCUAGAUGCUCUUAGGCACUUUGUGAAGGAGCUGGACAAGGUAAUAGAAGAGCCAGACACUUCAGCAUAAACCAGAGGUCUCAAAACACUGCAGUAAUAAUAUGGAGUCUUAAAAUCUUAUUUUUUAAAUAAAGAGAAAAUUGCCCUAGAGGAAUUUUUCACUUGUUUUAUUUUAAUCAUGUUCUGUAAUCAAGUAGUAGUAAUAGUGAUUGGUUAAUUUUUUUUUUGACUCAUUAUAAACAAAAGAUGUCUAAUGGUGGCAAUUUUCCACUUUCUGAAGCAUAAAUAGGAUUUAAGACUCAAUAUCAGAUUAAAUCAUUGUAAAAAUGGAUAUGUUGGUACAUUGAAAUACCUUUAGUAUUAUGAGUAAAAUCAAAAGGAGAGGAGCCUUGUACAGAGAAAUACACAAUAUACAAUUUCAGUAGAGUUUUUACCAUGAGCCAUGUUGCAAAAGAGCAAUGUAAACCUCUUUGAUGUUUUGCAGUGCAGCACUAUUCUGUAUAGAAAAGAUGCUUUAUAUGUAGAUCAUCAAUUUUUGUCAUGUCAUCAUCUGCCGCUUAUCUGGGUCUGGGCCCAGGUCGCGGGGGCGACUGCUGCCCAGUCCACACAAUACUCCGAAGUCCUACGGCACCUCCCACGGGUGGUUGGCCCAUGGGAGGCGGUGCCACCCAGAAUCUCGUGGGUCUCAAACCCACGACCCCGAGAGAUUGAGAUCAAUUUUUGUCUUAUGUUCACUUUAACUGAACAACUUGGGAAUAUUACCUUUUAGAUUAUUGGUCAAUAAAGGUUAAGGCUUCGAGUUAAGUAA